CUUCCGCCUUUGUCUUCGCAGCCCACCACCCUCCUUGUCUGCCAUCCAUCCUCGCUACCAUCGAGAGUCAAGAGUGCUCAGAGCAUCUCACCCUCUUAGCAUACCCGCGCCGAGCUCAUCGGCCCCUCGCUCUGUAUCUCACCAUACAGCGUACGCAUAGAAGAUCGGUCAACACAGCAUAUAUCCACAUCCCAUCCCAUCCACUCCACUACGAUGCCAGUCACUCGUCGAUCGACGGCCGCACAGCGCCCUUCGUCGCUCUUGGGUCACUUUCAAGCAACGAAGCGAUCUUCAUCAUCCAUCCAGACAGGAGCAAAGGGCAAGGGAAAAGCGGUCGUCCAGCCCAUCGGCGUCAGCAGGGUUCAAGAAGUGACCGAGGACAGCCCGGAUCGCUUCGCCACCCCUGAGCCACGUACCGGCGAUGUCGUCGCUUCGACUUCAGCUUCAGCGAUGGCAGCGUCUUCCGUCGCUGCACCGACGGUCUCUCCGCCUCCUGAGAUGAUCGAAGCAGAGCACAAGUCACCCGUCUCCGUGCGCUCAGACCCAGACAAGAACAAACUCUUCCUCCUCAUCUCCCCUGGGGCCCAGGCGCGGGCUCGUCGCAACCAGGAAGGCCUCUCCAUUGCUGCGCCACCUCCCUAUCUUCGUCAGGGCUCACCGAGCACGGAUCGGACACCAACGCGAGAGACACCGCCGGGACCACUAGAACCACCCCAGGCUCCUCGCAAACGCAGACUGUCCCAGCUGUCCUAUGAGCGCUUUCAGGCGCAGAGCGAGGAGAGCCCGCUACCGCACGACAAGAAAAGACCAUCCUUCCGUGCGCUAGGAGCCAGUCAGGAGGGAGGCUUGAGUCUGAUGGACAUGGAUACAGGCACCGAAAGCGAGGAUGCGUCACGAGCUCAGACACCAACGCGGGCGAUGCAGCCAGGAGCAGGAGACGACGACUUGGUCAUCACGCCGAAAAGCGUGCGCGAGCAACCGACUGGUCACCCAUUGACGUCCUUUGCGACACCAAUGAAAGCAGCCAAGUUCGUCGACCCAUUCGACACGCCAAGGCCCAAGCCGACCAUUUCUGCGGGGAUCUUCUCGUCGCUCGCGUCGUCCCCAAAGGCGGGGCCUUCGAAGCAUCAGCAUCGACCAGUGCCAGCUGUCCCUAUUGUCGCGGAAGAAGAGAAUCCCUUCAUCGACCAGAGCCCCGAGGCACCGCCAGCGCUGGAUGCGGCGCAAGCUGAGGGGAUUGCCUCUCUGCCGUACAGCGUCUCUGCGGAUCUCCCUUUGCCGGCCCACUACAACUCUCUCUAUCUCCUGCAUACCGCCAUCGAGCGCGCUUUAGUGGUGCAUCUCGCCACCGCCGGCCUCGGUAGUAGCAGCUCAUCCGCCGCCAGUUCAGACGCCGCAGGCGCAAGCAGCAGCUCGACGUCCUGCAUCCGUCUACCCAACAUCAUCUCUUACAGCGCCCUCCAGCCUCUCGUAGAGCGUGCAGCUGGCAGGAAGCUAGGUCCUAUCGAGCUGGCAAGGCUCACCUACAUCUGGUCAAAUGGCCGCGUUGCCUCGAUCCCGCUUCCCCAGCGCAAUGCGGCUCCGACUGCUCCCCCUGAGCAGCUGCCCAAAGAUGGGCUCGGCGGACUCGGCUUCAUCAUCACGAGGCAGAGAAGUCUCGAUUCUUCCGGGCGACGAAGGUGGGACUGGUCGCUGGGCAUCGAGCUCACUAUCUCGCGGACGAGACGACAAGUGACUCCGCCGAUGCAAGUGUCGUACGGUACAGGGCAGUCAGCGCUACAGAUGCCGAGCACGCCUCCCUCGAAGUCGGUCGCUGGUGGCGUUUUCGGCAUCGAUACUCCGCCUUCCACGCCCCCCUCAGCUAAGCGCAAGAGGGAGACGAGCAGUGGCAGCGGCGGAUCGGCAUCGCCGUCGGUCGGUCGGGAGGGGAUGUCGUUUGUGGCGAUGUGGAAUAAUGGGAUUGAGGAGCGAAAGGCUGAGGUUGGAAAGCGGCUAAGAACUAUGUGCGCGCAGACCAUGGAGGAGUGGCUUAAUGAGAGAGAAGGCUUGAGAGGGAGCGAGGAGUUGAUGGCGGCGCCAGUGAGAAGCGAGAGGGCGCAGACGCCUGAAUCCCAAGUUGGUCCGCGUUCAGUCGAGGUGGGGCAUGGAGGCCUCCUCACUCCCUCGGCCACUCGCCCGGAGGGUCGCAAGGCUGGCCGCAGGACGGUACACUUCUCAGAAGAGGAGUUGGACGGCAAGCCGGACGUGAAGUCGGCAGAGCAAGCGCCAGAGUGGCAACGACCUCCAGCCUGCGGAGAACUUACGGCCUGGCAUCCUGACUUCCUUCUUAAGGAUGCCCCUCCCAUUCCUUGCGCCCUGCUGCCGAGUCUGCGCGAAGCCCCCGCUGAGACGCGUAUCACCAAGCAGCCUCGUCAAGCAGCAGAUGCUACUUCCACUCCAUGCUCGACAGAGAGCGCUCCUUCAACUGCCUCUCUAUCCUUGGUCGAGCGCAUCAAAGCAAAGGAAGAAGCCAAGCGUGCUGCCUCCCUUGCACAGCGCCACUUUGCCUCCCUCCCCGGCGACGGCGCAAUGUCUAGCUUCAAGCGGCGCUCUACCCUCUCGCGUCUAAAUGACGUGGCCUCCAACCUCUACCUCCUCUUCACCGCUUCUUCCUCUUCCUCAUCCUCGCCCACCACUCUCCGCUCGGCCAGCCGCUUUCCCGUUUUGCCUCUUCCAGACGUGCUGUCUUCCAUCUCGAAGAGCAGCAAGGUGGCGCUCAGCACGGGUGAGGCAAGAAUUGCGCUGGACCUAUUGAGAGAGGUGGCCCCGGGCUUUGUGGAGCUGCGCGUAGUUGGGGGGAAGGAAUGGGCGAGGUUGGUAGGAGGAGAUGUGGGGUUGGCGGAGGUGAGAACGAGGGUCAGGGAUGAGUUGGAGCGCGCCAAAUGAGGGCGACGAGACUGUAAGUGGACACUUGCUUGCUUUCACUGCCCUGCUUUGUGUUCUUCUUUGCCAUUGUCUAUAUGCAUGCCCCCAUCGCGUGGUCCAAUCACAUCAUUUCACCGC